AUGAAACGGUUCAUGACCGAUUUAAAUGUGGAUACCUCGGUGAAAAAAAAAAUGCAUAACACUCAGUCAUUGGAACUCGGAUACGUGGAUGAUCCUUCUACUACAAUUCAGCAUGCAAAUGAAACUACUAAUACUGAAUCCGCUGCUGCAGAAUUGUCCAAAAUGUCAUACUUGUUUGAUGGUGAGUUAUACAACAAUGUUUCACUUGAUGGCAUUAAAGUUUCUGCUAAAUGUACUACAUGUUUCAAAGUAAUUAAUGGCCAUACAACAUCAACUGGAAAUUUCCUCAGUCACAUAAAGAUUAAACAUAGUUUUAUGAUGUCUAAGGUACAAGCAAAAAAAGAUGCUAAAAAGAAAAAAGUAUUUUUCUUUUUUCUAUAUGUAAAAUAA